GGCGAAACCGUUUAUUUUGUAUGAUGUAACUUGAAGUAGGCACGUCCAAUACGUAGUGUUGACGAACCCUUGAAUUGCAUACUGCACAUCGUAAUUGCUUCUCUAGCUUCGCAGGAAAAUGUUCGAAUUUAUGAAGGAUUUCAUUUCUCGUGUCUUGUGUCGAGUAUUUUGAGAUGCAUAUAACAUGGACUGAUCGACAAUAUGCCGUAAAACCGAGUCAUCAAAGAAAAGCUCAAAUAGUUGUACUGGAUUUAAAUCCUUUAUCUCUUCCACUAGUUUAUCCCUAUUGGCAUUCAUUUCACAUAAAGGUGGCGGCUCAGACCAAAUGGAUCAUUCAGGAUUGCAUUUAUCCCAAUUUAUUUAGGUAUUUGUAUACGUUUUCGCACUUCACUCAAAUGCUCUUCGUCGCUGCUUCAUAACUCGUCAUUAGCUGAUCUUUGGCGAAACAGCUACAAACGACCGUAAACAUCUUGUGGCAUUCCAUUUGCCAUCAGUUGCUCUUCGUCC